AAAGCGCAAACCAUUUCAUUUUUCACGCUUAGCACAUUUUAUUAAUAUCGAGCAAGUUUAAAAGUCAUCUCAUGUAUUCAACUCUCGUCUUUAUUCUUGAUUUCGAUAUUUUUUAUGAUUUAAAACGCCUGCAUGUGUGUGUGACAGCGUUAAUUCCCCCCACCUAGUGCCCAGGCUUCGGUUUCCAUCACGGUCGUGUCGUCUGGGACAACAAAUGAACUUGACAACGACUUCUUGUACAAGGAAAACCUUUUUAAAUCUCUUUUAUUUAUGGGUCGUUUCGGAUAAAAAAAAAACACCAUGAGCCGGCUAUACGACACUAUAGAGCCGUCGGUUAUCGACGAGCACAUGCUAAAGCAAGCUGUUGAAGAACAAGGGCCAAAAGGGGAAGCUGGUCGCAUCGCGAAGCAAGAAGGAAUAGACUUUGAAAAUGUCCUGGCGCUGAGACUUGAUUUUAAAAAUAUACUGAAGAUCGAUAAUCUUUGGAGCUUUGUAAAUCUCACCACACUACAGCUUGAUAAUAACAUCAUUGAGAAGAUCGAAGGUCUGGAUAUGCUGGUGAAUCUUCAGUGGCUGGAUUUGUCAUUUAACAAUAUAGAGGUAAUAGAGGGAUUGGACAAGCUGACAAAAUUAAAAGACCUUACCCUCUACAAUAACAGAAUUACGAAAAUUGAAAACAUGGAUAGUCUCACUAAUCUGCAUGUGUUUUCCAUUGGCAACAACAGCCUCAAGCAAUUGGAUAAUGUGAUAUAUUUGAGGCGGUUCAAAAAUCUAAGGACACUCAACCUCAGCUUUAACCCGUUCUGUGAAGACUCCAAAUACAAGGAAUACGUCAUUGCGCAUCUGCCAGAUCUAGUAUACCUAGACUUCCGCCUGAUAGACGAGACUGCAAGAGAAGCAGCCACCGAAAGGUAUAAGUACUCAAUAGAAGAGAUGGUACAUGAUGAAACAGUGGCCCAAAAGAAACAAGACGAGGAGGAGGCUAGAAAUAAAGAGAGACUGCUACAUAAGGCUGCAUAUGUGGACGAGCUCAAUGGCCGUGCCCUGUAUGAGUCCAUGUUUAGCGAAGAUCCUGAAGUCAACAAGAUGUCCAUUCUUCCUGGAAUGGAAGACAUCCUCAAAAACUUCCAAGAUAAAUUCACUGCUGUUUGCCUGGAAAUCUUUGAGUUUGGUCUAAAGGAGAGCAAGAAACGUAAAGAAGAGGUGGACUCAUUUUUCCAGUGUCUAAAUGAGGCCAAGACUGACAACAAGUCAGAGGGCGUCAAGCACAUCCAAAAAUACAUUGACUUCAAGAAGAAGGCAUUCCUGGAUUACUCAAAUACAACAGACACUGCGGUCCUGGAAACCAUGAUGAAAGAGAUACAAGAAGAGAUUACUAAGCUGUGGGACACACUGAUGGGGCUGGAGAUGCAACUAGUCGACCAGCUAGAGGACACAAUUAAGGAUUUUGAGCGCAGCAUGGCAGACAUGGUCACGUCCUUCGUUGAGAAUGUGCAGGGACUGAUGACGCAGUUGCGUGACCUGGAGAAUAUUCAUAACGAGAGGGUGUCUGACAUCGCGGUGGUCACGCUAGAGAAGCUGAUGAAGAACGAGCUGGAAGAGGACUUACCUGACGACCUCAGAAUGCUUUUCGUGGACAAAGACACAAUCAUGAAUGCUGUCAGCGCCUCCCAUGACACUCACCUUCUUAAGAUCGACAACAAGGAAGACGAUAUCGUGACGCGUGCGAACACCACGAUGCAAACCUUGAUCGAGAACAUCCACAGCGACGAAAUCAAGCGGAACCGCGACCGCGUGGCCGAAAUCAACAACCUGAUCGAUCACUUUCGGGACGAGGCCGAGAGCUAUGAGAUGAGCGGGCCUAUAUAGACCCGCGGGAACACCCUUGAGUGGCGGGAUCACUCGCGGUUAACGGGAUUCUAGAACGAGGAGGUUGAUAGCAGAAAAGUAAUCUUUGGCAUUUUGGUCGUGUUGGUUUAGGCGUUUUUUUUAAAAAUAAAACGCGUCUGUUAGGAUGAUGUGUAAAUAUGUUCAUAUGCGAACUUUGUAUUAAACACUUAUGUUACUAUAUAGUCUUUUAUGUCAGUGACUUGUUUUACAAAUGUUUCAUAUUUAUUCUUGCUAACGUUUGUCAGGAGCUCAAUCUUUCACUAAGGUCUAAUUUAGAAACUUUUUUUCAUGUACCAAAUGCAAAUGCUGGCAAAUGAAACAAUACGAUUGUUCUAUGAAAAGAAUGAAAAGAACGGCGUUUGUGCUAGGCCUAAA